CGACGUGCCUUUAGAGUCGCUAGUGCAUGAACUGGGGCUCCUCGAGUGGACGGCACAAUCUACCGCAGACGUUAUCAGAGCUCACGUCGGCGACGUGACGCAUAGACGGUCCGAAAGCGCGUGUCCAUCAAUGUUUGCGCAGUCACUUUCAGAUUUGCGCCAAAAGGCAGCAACACUUUUCAAAUGCCGUUCGAACCCGAAGUCGUGUCCUCUCCGGGCAUCCACACGCAACGCCAGGUGGAGGCGCUGUAUGCUGCACCCAAGUAUUUUGGCGAGGGAGUUGCGAAGGAAGCGUUCAUCUCCACUGGGAUCACAGUCAGCUAUGCCGUGCUGGAGCUGCCACCAAUGAAUGCGUCGGUGGGCGUGGAACAGGUGGUGCUGGUUGCGGGCUUCAUGCAGCCCAAGGACACGUGGGCGCACUUCAUCGACUCGUUCUUGCCCAAAUGGAACCAGAAGCAGCGCGGUGUGGGCCUCAGCAUCCUGGUGCUGGACAAUCGCGGCUUCGGAGGAACGGACGCGCCCUUCGGCAUGUACUCGACGCGCACCAUGGCGGAAGACAUUCUCGCAUUGAUGGACCAUAUCGGUUGGCGGUCUGCGCAUAUUGUUGGUGGCAGCAUGGGGGGUAUGGUCGCACAGGAGCUGGCACUGCUUGAUCUCCGACGAGUGCGUUCACUAACGCUGGUUUCAACUAGCCGCGACAGAUACAAAGCCAGUGGACGAUCUCUCGGACUGAUGGUCCGCAAGACUUUUUCGUUUAGCUCUGUACCAGCAAAGGCGAACAGCAUGGUCGACACACUGUUUCCGCAGGAGUACGUCGCUAUCACAAGGAUAGCUGAAACAGGCGAGAGCGUGCGCUCUGCAAUCGCGCGCAUGUACGAGUUACAAUUGAAGAAGUGGCCUGAGCCAAGCCUCAGUGGCGUCAUGGGCCAGACGGCCGCUGUUCAAACGCAUUUCGUGUCCGACGAGCGGCUACACGACAUGAACGACGCUGGUUUCCCAAUUCUAAUUGUCAGCGCCAUGCUAGACGAUGUCAUUCCAGCAGCUGAGUCCAUCGCCUUAAAGGAACAUCUAAGUGGCGACCACGUGCACACGCUGUUCUUCGAUAGGGGAGGCCACGGUGCAAUCUGCCAGUACGCUGAUGAAAUCGCCGACGAGGUCAUCGAAACUAUGAGGCGAGCAUCACCACCCUUGUGAGAGUACAGCCUUAAUGCAUGCUCUACCAUGUAUAGUCGAAUGUGGACACUACCACCAAAUCUAAGCAGAAAUGGACAAUACACCAAUGACUUCAAGUGGUUCGUAUAUGCACCGUCGAAUGAACGGGUUCCACUUUCGAUGAAUGAUGUGUGGAUGCAGUCUUGCGCGGCUAUAGAUCAACAAAAGACACUGGAGAUUCACUUCUCGUCUUCCUUGUUACCGAGAUUCCAAACAAAAUGGCCUUACUCUCUCGACUGGAGCAGCACAUG